UAUAACGACCCGGCAAUUCCAGAGGAGUACUUUCGACAGCAACUAAGGGUGAACAGGAACACGUUCGAAACAAUUCUCCAUAUCUUGGGCCCGAGAUUAGAGAGGCGAAACACGCGGUUCAGGGAUUGUAUACCUCCAGCAAAAGUUCUUGCUCUGGGACUAUACCGCUUGGCCCACGGAAAUUCUUAUUCCACCAUUGGCCCGGUAUUUAAUGUAGGAAAAUCGACUGUUAUCGAGGCCGUACAAGACGUUGUGAAAGGUCUCUAUGAACUUCGUGACGAGUACAUAAAAUUCCCAGAGACCAUCGCUGAAGUCAGUUCAUCGAUUGCAACGUUUGGAGAUCUUACCAACCUACCAAAUGUCGUUGGGGCUAUUGACGGCUCGCAUAUUAGAAUUAAAGCACCCAACGACAGUGCACCGGAUUAUUUUAGUCGGUAUCAACAGCACGACUUCAUAAUCCAAGCUAUUGUUGAUAGCAAGAAGGUUUUUAUGGAUUUUGCGUGUGGAUAUCCUGGAAGCAUGCACGAUGCUCGUGUAUUGAGGCGCAGCACUAUCUUUCAAAGAGCAGAACAGAAGAAUGUCCUAGCCCAGCCAACUGUUAAUGUGAAUGGUCAUGACAUAGGUCCGUACCUUUUAGGUGAUAGUGCCUAUCCUCUUUCUCCAUGGCUAAUGAAACCGUAUCCAGAGGGCACACGGGACCCAAGGGAAAUAGCGUUUAAUAAGGAACUUUCCUCUGCAAGGGUAAAGGUUGAAUGCGCUUUUGGUGUUUUAAAAAGUAGAUGGAGAAUACUCCUGAAACGAUUUGACAGUGGAAUACCAUUUGCAGUACGUAAUGCUGUAGCCUGUGCAGUGUUGCACAACAUCUGCAUCAGAAGCGGGGAUGAAUGGGACGACGAGGAAGAGGAAGAUGAUUUUGGCCCUGGAGAUCAAGCUCCAAACGUGAUCGGAGACGGGGAUAACAUAAGAGAAAUCCUUAAAGACUUCCUUUAAACCUUCACGUGUACCCACACUAAAGCUGCCCAAAGUUUGGUUUCGGUUUCUUUAUUAUCACUCUGUCAACAAUGAUCCAUUGCUAAAAAAAAUUAUUUCUUCACAUACGAGAUUAUACAAUUAUAAUAACAUUGUACAAUUGAAAAAAUAUAUGUCAAUAUAUUCAAGUCAAAACUAUAACGGUUUAUGUUGACGUCUAAACGUCCAGACACUCCGAAAUAAAUCGAGGUCAGUCAUUGAGUGCUUUUAAAAUCAUGUUUUGUAAAACAGCUUCUCCGGAAGCGACAAUGUAACAAAUAUAUGUAUUUCAAAUAAAGAACUGUAACGCUUUGUUGUCUCUAUAUAAGAUUGAUGCAAAUUCACUGUUUCAGUCAUUUGUUGUUGUUGCCGCUAUUUUGUAAGAAAUUUGUCAGGGCCCCAACUAGUGCAUUCGUUGUGUUAGCUUGCUGCUCUUGCAUCCUUGUAAAGCUUUCCAUCAUUGUGUUCAUUUCCUUUCGCUGUUUCUCCAUUCCUACCAAGGACGCUUUAAUCAGGUCUCCCUCUUCAUCGCCUUCUUGAGGUCUAGCUCUUUUACGUUUCUUUUUACGCUCCGUUCGAGCUUCUGGGCUUGUGUCUUGUCCUAGUAACUCGUUGUCCUUGGACUCGGUUGCGUCGGACUUGGCGGCAGAAGUUGAUGCACUCGCUCCCGCUUCGGCUACGUUAAGUAACGUAACAACGUCUCUGCAUCCAAGAACAGCAUCUAUUUCAUCGUAGAAGACAGUUUUCCAUCUGUGUCCACCCGUCUGAUGACUGUUCCAAUCCUUGGCCUUUUUGUAUCUCUCGAUGAGAUAUUUCAAUUUCUUCUGGCAUUUCUCUCCAGAGCGAGUGGUACCAAACCUUCGAUUAAUCUCCCGCGCAAUUUCUUCCCAAAUCUUCCGCGCGUCUUUGCUUUCCAAUCAUGCAAUCCAAUCAUGUCGAUCAGUCCAAAGGUUUAUAAGUGCUUUCUGCUCUUCGUUUGUCCAUUUAUCGUACUGCUUUCUAUUGGACUGAGCAGCAUCUUCCGCUUCCACAUCUAGGGCAUCGUUCACAGUUCCGUCGGUCGAACCACUCGGGCUAUUGCUCGAUGUUGUUGUUGGGCUGAUGGAUCGGCUAGCUGGGUCUCCGACUGCCAAAACACCGCUAGGCCCUGGCAGUUGCAAGUCUGGUCGAACCUGGGGAUGGUUGUAAUACCUGAAGUCGACAGGAAAAGAUCCGGGCGGAUAAUAAUAUGGAUAUCGUCCUUCCAUUCCGAAGCACGUGCGUAAUAAUAAUUACAAGUUCCCGCCGAUACAGGUAGGAUCAGCCUGCAAUGGGUCAAAUCGAUUAGCGAUGACAGCUCCGGAAGCGGCUUCCUUUGUUUUCCUCGAUUUUUUCAAAAUCAGCCUGCCCCACCCAUGCAAUACGGCGUCUUUGAAGUUUGGUCGGUUUUUCCAAUUUUUUCCAAACUGGCGAAAAGCCGGUCGCAUUAGGAAACGUGACAUGAUGACAGAUUUUUAACGGCGAGAUAGUAUCCUGGCAUGUAGCGAGUUGUUUACGAACCUUUAUAAGCUAAAAUGCUGUAUUUGAUUUUGGGAGGAAUACAUUCACUUUGAGCGAAGUUAUAGGGUAUUUAGAUCGACCGAUUCUCGCCAAAUUUCGCCGAAACAUUCCUGGAAUAAUAAAAAACGAAAUUGU